GCAACCUUUCCACGGAGAGAGAGAGAGAGAGAUUUUCUUCACUACAGCCGAGAAAAUUUUUCCCAAUGCUGAACGAAAAAAGUUCGAUAUUUGUAAUGCAUUAACGUCCUUUAGACAUCAACAAUCUUGGGGGUUUGUCGCCUCCUGGGAAGAACAGGCAUCUAAUAAACAAGCUUUUGCCUCUUCCUUCACUUUCCCCCGGUCUGCAGGAAGAAUGCUGUGAAUCCUCGUAAUUUGCUGAAGAAGACCAGACAUCCGGAAGACAGCCCCUGUUCCAGUAGGCCACAGAAUGCUACGCCGCAGGUUCAAUUCUUUUGCUUCUGCUCAAGAGAACUAAAGCUAGUUGAGCUCGUCUGUCAACCAUGAUUUACACAGCAAUUGACACCUUUUACGUAACGGAUGAGCAGCUACAAAAUACACCUUCCAGGAAGGAUGGCAUAGAUGAAGCAACCGAAACGACCCUCAGAAUCUAUGGCUGUGACCUCAUCCAAGAAGGUGGCAUUUUACUCAAGCUACCUCAAGCAGUAAUGGCCACUGGCCAGGUUCUAUUUCAUAGGUUCUAUUGCAAGAAGUCAUUUGCUCGCUUUAAUGUGAAGAGAGUUGCUGCCAGUUGUGUUUGGCUUGCAUCAAAGCUUGAGGAAUGUCCAAGAAAAGCAAGACAUGUACUCAUUGUUUUCCACAGAAUGGAAUGCAGGAGGGAGAGUUUGCCAAUAGAGCAUUUGGAUCCUUUUUCCAAGAAAUAUGCAACAUUAAAGAUGGACCUGAAUAGAACAGAGAGGCACUUAUUGAAGGAGAUGGGUUUCAUCUGCCACGUUGAACAUCCUCAUAAAUUUAUAUCAAACUACCUUGCCGCCCUUGGGACACCCCUGGAACUGAGACAAGAAGCAUGGAAUCUAGCAAAUGACAGUUUGCGUACAACUUUAUGCGUGCGAUUCAAGAGCGAGGUUGUUGCCUGUGGGGUUGUGUAUGCUGCUGCUCGUAGAUUCCACGUGCCACUACCUGAGAAUCCACCAUGGUGGAAGGCAUUUGAUGCAGACAAGUCUGGUAUCGAUGAGAUUUGUAGAGUUCUGGCACAUUUGUACAGCCUUCCUAAGGCACAAUACAUACCUGUUUGUAAGGAUGGGGGUUCAUUUACAACAUCCAACAGAUCGUGGGAAUCUCCUUCUCUGCCACUUCCAAAGGAAGAUUCACUUACUGUCCCACCAGCAAAUAAUGAUCCCGGUACUCCAAAGGCAUCUUCAGAUACAACUAAUAAGGAAUCUGGCAAUUCCAAGAGUGAACUGAUAAAAGCAGCACCUGAGAAGUUGAAAGAGUCUAACAAGAAGAGCGGUGAUGAUUCUCAAAGUAUCCCCACUGAGGGAGAGGCUAGAGAAGAGCGUGCAUCCAAAAUGAAGUCUGAGCAUAGGAUGGAAGUGAGUGGGGAAAGACAGGAGAGGGAGCGGGAAAAGGUAAGGGACAGGGAAAGGGAGAGGCUAAAGGUUCGGGAUCGUGACAGGGGAAGGGAUUCUGAGCGGGAGCGGGAGCGAGAGCGAGAUGACACUGAAAGGGACAGAGACAAAAUCAAGGACAGAGGACACCGUGCCAAGGACAAAGGAAAAGAUUCAGGAGGUCAUUCAGAGAAAUCAAAGCGUCAUACAUCUCGAGAACGCGAGUACCAUGCUUCGUCUUAUUCUAGAGAGAAGGAUCGACACAGAUAUCAUUAACUGCUUGUUACCUAAUUCCAAGGCGGGCGCUCUGUACUAUUUCAAAUUUUAUCUGCUCAAUGGGUUGAAUUUGUAUGUGACAUAGUUUGACCAGGCUGUCUAAAGUUGGAAGAUCGAUUAGCAAUUUUGCUGCUUUUGGGUUUGAAAUAUGGAUUGAUGAGGUAACCAGAUACAUAUAUGACAUAUACCUUAAUGGUUUAUGAAUAACGUGCUCAUGGCUUGUCUGUGGUACACCCUUUCCAACAAGAAACUCCCUGCUUCACUUGUGGUAGAUUGUGGAUGAGAGAAGAGACUGUUUGCGGAAUUCCUUUUUUUUACUGUUUGCGGAAUUCCUUUUUUUUCCCCUUCUGCAGGUCGGGAAUUGCAAGUGUGUUGUUAUAUUGCAACAGAACCUGGGAUGUUGAGACGCCACCGUAAGGAAGUGUGAAUUUACUGUUUCAGCUGAUGAGACGAACAUGACAUGAAAGAGUUGCCGUGGCUUCGGAUUUCAACCAUGUGGGAAGCAGCAUGUCAUUUACAAGAUGUGUAGCAUAUUUUAUUUUUGGAGAUCUCAGUAUUUUCAUCUUUUUUUACAAUGUGGGUGGAAAAAAGUUAGACGAACCAACUGAAUCCUUGAUGUAUUUUAUUUUUUCAGUUAUUUUGCACAGGUUUAUAUU